AUGCGUGCAUCUUUGAGGCUUGACGAGCAGGAAAAAGGACAGAGAUCAUCUACAGUAAUACAGGAAGUCAAAUAUAACAAAAAUGCCAAUAAUAGAAGUAAAUGGAAUGGUGGUAUAACACUUCCUCAGAGAAUGGCGAGUGCGUGUGUCGGAUCCGUUUUAACAUCUUUACUGGUUACACCUUUUGAUGUUGUGAGAAUUCGGCUCCAACAACAGGAAAUGCUUUUUCCACCUGGUCUAAAGAAUGCCGACCGGUGUUGUAGGAGGAUAGUUUUUUGGGAGGAGAACAACGGAGAUAUUAUGGCAGGUGUGAGGGAAAAUUCUUUCUGCAGUAAGAAUAGUUGCGUGACGGAAAGUCGCCUACCAAAUACAAUGACAGGGAUCUCAAAAAUAGCAAAGAAUGAAGGAAUUAGCGCCCUUUACAGGGGUAUUGGAUUAACACUGCUAAUGGCGAUUCCAUCCAAUGUUGUGUACUUCAGUGGUUAUGACAUUCUUAGGACCAGCUCACCGUUGGAGAAAUCACAUCCUAUUUUAAAUCCGCUGCUUUGUGGAGCAUCGGCCAGGAUCCUUGCCGCAACUUCGGUUGCGCCGAUGGAAUUGAUAAAAACGAGGUUGCAGGCGGUUCCCGCUAGGCAAAAGAAUAUACGCUCAUUUGUAAUUUUAAAGAUGGUGUUGAAAAAUAUGUGGAAAGAUCUAAGGGACAAAGGACCAUCGAGUCUUUUCAAGGGCUUACAAUUAACACUUUGGAGAGACGUUCCAUUUUCCGGGAUAUACUGGGCGGCAUAUGAGUCAUUAACGAAAUGGUUCAAACGGACAAGACUUUUGAGUUCAGAAAGAGAUGAUUUGUCGGGUAGUAGCCCGUUCAAUGGAACAAUUUUCACAAGAUCAUUUCUCUCUGGUUCUAUUGCGGGAAUCACUGCAGCACUUUUUACCAAUCCUUUUGAUGUUGGUAAGACAAGAUUCCAAGUGGCUUCGGAACAAGAUCCAAAAUCAUUUGGUACUUUAAGUACAUUAGCAAAGAAGGGCACUACCAAGGCUAGUGAAACAUUGGGUAGACAACCGAUGUUUAAGUUUUUAUUCACAAUAUACAAAAAUGAGGGGUUGGGAGCACUUUACGUAGGUAUCUUCCCCAGAUGCCUGAAAAUAGCACCUUCAUGUGCCAUAAUGAUUUCAACGUAUGAAGUUUCUAAGCAAUUUUUCAAGAAAGUGGAUCAGGGCCGUUUAAUAUGA